GAGAGACACGGAGGACACGCACGAAGAAACAUCUACGUUUGGGAUUCACUACCCGGGACAUUGCGCGUGUGUUUCGGGACUUCUUGGAGCUUGUUUCGCCGGUCUUACCUGUCCCAUCCUCCGGCCAGCAGCGACCCCAGUGUGAUCCAGAUCCAGCUGUGAUAUCAGAAUCAUCAGGAUGAAGAUCGUCUUCCUCCUCCUGACGCUCGCCGUCCUCGUCGCCGCCCGACCCAAAGCAGGUCCGGAGCAGAAGUGUAAAUCCGGCCCGGUGGAUCUGGUCUUCCUGAUCGACAGCUCCCGCAGCGUCCGGCCUCACGAGUUCGAGACGAUGAGGAAGUUCAUGAUCGACAUCCUGAGCACGCUGGACAUCGGACUCAACACCACCAGAGUGGGGGUGGUGCAGUACUCCAGCCAGGUCCGCACCGAGUUCUCCCUGAAUGCUCACGCCAAGCUGGACACGAUGGUGAAGGGCAUCAACGAAAUCAUCCCGCUGGCUCAGGGCACCAUGACCGGCCUCGCCAUCAAAUACGCGAUGGACAAAGCUUUCAUCGCCGAGGAGGGAGACAGGCCAAAGGUGCCCAACGUGAUGGUGAUCGUGACGGACGGUCGUCCUCAGGAUCGCGUGGCCGAGUUUGCAGCUGAGGCCAGAGAGAAGGGCAUCGAGAUCUUCGCGGUGGGCGUGGCCAGAGCCGACAUGGCGUCCCUGAGGGCGAUGGCGUCCCCUCCCUUCGAGGACCACGUCUUCCUGGUCGAGUCCUUUGACCUCAUCCACCAGUUCGGACUGCAGUUCCAGGACAAGCUCUGUGGAGUGGAUCUGUGUGUGGAGUCGGAGCACGGCUGUGAGCAGAUCUGUGAGAGCUCUCCAGGAUCCUUCCACUGCCUCUGUCUGCCCGGAUACUCUCUGAACGAGGACGGGAAAACAUGCGCAGCCAUUGACCUGUGUGCGGAGGGGAAACACGACUGUGAGCAGAUCUGCAAUGCCUCUCCGGGCGCUUUCACCUGCGACUGCAACAAAGGAUACAAACUGAACGACGACAAGAAGACCUGCACAAUGAUCGACUUCUGUUCGUUUGGGAACCACAGUUGUGAUCAUGAGUGUGUGAGUGUGCUCAACGGCUAUCACUGCCGCUGUAACGAGGGCCACCGGCUGCUGGACGACGGCAAAACCUGCCAGGCCAUUGACCUGUGCGCUGAGGGGAAACACGACUGUGAACAAAUCUGCAUCAGCACUCCGGGCGUCUUCACCUGCGACUGCAACCCCGGAUACACACUCAGUGACGACAAGAAGACCUGCACACCCAUUGACCUGUGUGCUGAGGGGAAACACGACUGUGAGCAGAUCUGCGUCAGCGCUCCCGGUGUCUUCACCUGCGACUGCAACAAAGGAUUCAAACUCAACAAAGACAAGAAGACCUGCACAAACAUGGACAUGUGUAACACGGUGGAGCACGGCUGUGAGCAUCAGUGUGUGAGCACGCCGGGAUCCUAUUACUGCAUCUGUCCUGAUGGCCAGCUGCUGCAGGAGGACGGCAAGGGCUGCGGGACCUGCAAGUCUGCGAACAUCGACCUGGUGCUUCUGAUCGACGGCUCUAAGAGCGUCCGGCCACAAAACUUCGAGCUGGUCAAAAAGUUUGUUAACCAGGUGGUGGACACGCUGGACAUCUCGGCUCACGGCACCAGGGUCGGUCUGGUCCAGUACUCGAGUCGGGUCCGGACUGAGUUCCCUCUAAACAUGUACAACACCGCCGAUGAGAUCAAAGCCGCCGUCAUGAAGGUGGACUACAUGGAGAAGGGCACGAUGACGGGCCUGGCUCUGAAGCACAUGCUGGAGAACAGUUUCUCCGAGACGGAGGGCGCUCGCUCGUCCAGCAGAAACAUCCCGAGGAUCGGACUCGUGUUCACCGACGGACGCUCCCAGGACGACAUCACUGAGUUUGCCAAGAAGGCCAAAGAAGCCGGUAUCACCAUGUACGCGGUGGGCGUUGGUAAAGCGGUGGAGGACGAGCUGCGUGAGAUCGCGUCUGAACCGACGGAGAAACACUUCUACUACACCACCGACUUCUCCGCCAUCAGCACCAUCGCAGAGAACCUCAAACUCAACGUCUGCCCAGCGGAGAGUCAGGGGGAGAUUGAGGUGAAGGACCCCUGUGACUGUCAGAGUCUGGUGGAGUUCCAGCAGGCCACCAUGAGCAGCCUGGAGCAGCUCACACAGAAACUGUCUGCGAUGACGGCCCGUCUGGAGCAGCUGGAGAACCAGCUCCUCUCCAGGAAGUGAUCCGAUCUUCAUCGGCGAGAGCGAACAGCAGAAUAACAGCGUGAAGAAGAGGAGGAAGAGGAGGAGCUCUUUACAUCAGUGGACAAAACCAAAGGGCCUUUUCUCAGAACCUCUGCAGCCUUCAGUGCUCUUCACGAGGAAGACAACCGUCUGAAAGCUUGAGAUAUAGAAUCAUAUUUCUGGUUUGUAAAGGAACUCAUUAUGUCUUAAAAUACAACCACCCAUCCGCUCUCCCACACAUCCGCUCUCCCACACAUCCGCUCUCCCACCCAUCCGCUCUCCCACCGAAACAGCUGUGAAACAAAACAGAUUACACUUCCAAGAAAUCCCUGACACAUCUUGGAGGGUUUUACCAAAUAAAUAUGUUUUGCUCUGUCUGCAGACUAAUAUUGCUCACUGCAGAACGACAAUACUUCAUUCAAAACGAUAUUUCAACACAUAUUUGACCAUAAACCUUCUAUGAUUUGGAUGUUGCACUAGUCCUUUUGAGCAAUUUCCAAGAAAACGUUGAUUAAUUGUGCAGUCCUAUUGGCGUUAUUGACACACACACACACACACACACACACACACACACACACACACACACACACACACACACACACACACACACACACACACACACACACACACACACACACACACACGAGGGGAUUGUAAUGCUGUCUGUCUUUGUGAACCAGAUACACUCAAUGUACUGUAGAUAGUAGAAAGAAGCACUCCAAGUAAUAUCCAGUGAAACCAUAUGUAACACACACACACACACACACAAACACACACACACACACACACACACACACACACACACACACACCCUUCAUCCGUUACUGUGUAUACUUGAUCUGUUUUGUACGCUUUGUUGAAUAUGUUGUAUUUAUAGCAGUUUUUCUACCGCAGUAGGAGAGCAAAUUUAGGAAAAAAAAAAUGAAGUGUUGUUACCACUCCCAAUAUUAAAAUUGGCCAUUUUUUAAGACAAAAUCACGACUUGUUUUCCCAUAUAAACUCAUUUUGAUUGCAGGUCUAAAGGGAAUAUAUUCAAAGUGAUCACUAAAGCUGUCGUCUUCUAAACAUGUGAUGAAGCAGGUGUAACAGGAAUCAGUGUUUCAAUCAGAAUAAAACGAGCUUUUAUUUUGAAAAUCUGCUUUUUUCUCCACUCUGCACUUUCCUACAUGUUAUCCUUAAGUGCCCUUAGCAUAUCUGAGUGUUAUCGAUCAUUAACAAAGUGGUUCUUGUACAUUGUUCUGUCCUAUCUUCGACCCUAAUGUUCAUUAUAUCUGUCUUUAUCUCACAUAGGGGCCUCACAGGGUACUGUCUGUAAAUGACUAACAAAAGACCACCAUAAAUGUAUACCCCUUUAUAUUUGAAUGCUUGUAUGUUUUUGUAUAUUUUCUUAUAGCUUUACCAUUUUUGUAUUUUCCUGAUGAAUCUCUGUAUUACACAGACGGCAAUAAAAGAGUGAACUUUUC